AUUAUAUGAAAUAAUGAAUAAAUAAUAAUAAAUUAUUAUUAUAUGAAUAAACAAAAUAAAUUAAUAAUUAUUCUUUGUAUGAAUCGGCACUUCAUUUGAAGACUGCAAAUGAACAAUUUGACACUUGACGACUACAUUAGAAACAAAGCUAAAAUGACAGGAGCAUCAGGUUUUCUGUUAACAGAAAUAGUUGUUUUUGUUUGAUAUUUAAUUUCGGGUGUAACUUAUAUUGUUGCUGAUUAAAAAUGCCAAAAAAACGACAAGAUAUUGGACGUCGCACAAAUAAGGCAAGGAGAAAAAGAGCACGAAGAAUGAAAGAAUCUGAAGAAGAAAAUAAACGACGAGUUGAAUCAGUAAGAUUACAACAGUCACAGUCGCGUUCUAAUGAAAUGGUAGAACCACACGAAGCCCAAAUUGCACUAACACGAUCAAACUUUUCAUAUGCUGGUCUGAAUUUGGAAUGUGAAAAUAAUCGUUUACAAAUAGAAAAACUUGAACCUAUUGGCUUACAGUGUAUUCCUGACAUUGAUUAUUUCUUGUAUCCAGCUGCGAGUAAAAAUAAAGUUAGAACGCAUCGACAAGCAUUAAAAUUUAAAGAUGAACCACCCGAAAUAUUUUGUUUGAACGGUAAAGUUAAAUCACCUGUUUUGAAUCCAAGACCUGAGCUAUUGAACACGGCCGAAGCUGAGUAAUAGGUAUAUAUUUUCCAAUAUUAAUGAAUAAUAAAUUAUUUCAUGUACAAGUUAGAAGACUAUGCUUUAAAGGUUUAACAUAUUUUAAUGUACUUUCAAUUACCUAUAUACAAGUUAUAAGUAGGUAUAUCAAGUCAAUGUUAUAAAUCAAUACCUAAUAAUAGUAAUAAUUGUACCUAAUCAUAAUUUUCAUAUAUCAAACAUUUGCAUAGCUUUAGACUUUUGAACAGUUUAGAACAACCUUUUUGUAGACAUGUAUGUAAUCUGUUGUAAAUAAUGUAAACUGUACAUUCAAAUUGGUUAGGUAGGUACCUACCUAUUUAGAAAUAAUCCUUUUAAAUAUAACACACCAAU